AUGUACCUCUUGGUGGCCAGUGCCGAAGCGGCCGAGCCGCGGGCUCCUGGCGGUUUAUCAAUGGCAGCGUACAACGAAGCGUCGCGACGCCGCCAACGCCUCGUGGAUGACCGCGUGACGCUUGCAGUCAUGGGUGAGUGCACUGCGAUCAAGGGACACAUUGCCCACUUUGCCAAACAGUACCUCCUCUCAGCGCUAGAUCCGCGCCUCCACGACGACCUCAUUGGACUUCGGACCGCGUUUGAGAUUUGGGAGAUGCUGCGAACACGGAGCCGAAUCGGUCGCGGCGUAGGCAGCGCCGAUCUUCUCGGAACCUUUGACCAAGUUGCAAUGCUCAAGUACAUUCGGCGCGAAGCGGCGACCCACUUUUUUGCGCGCUACGAAGCCAGCAUCGAUCGUUUCUUGCGCCCGCUGCUAGCAACUUCCGGGCACGGUGCGAUCGCGCAAGCGCGCAAGGCGAUGGCCGACAGCGCCAAGGCCGCGUUCCUCGCUCACGCUUUUGCGCCACACCUAACGCACGAGUUUGAAUCGUGGCAAAUAGCCAAUCCGACGGGCGGCUACGAUUACCUGAAGGCGUGCGUUCAGAAGCAACUUGCCAACCUUCCCGAUGACGCGUUCUCGCUCCAAAAAAGCGUACUUGGCCUGCAGCCAGCGGUGCAUUCCUCUUGUGGUUACUGCCACUCGAAGGGGCACAUUGACAGCGUCUGCCGUCAUCUCUUUCACGCUCAUCGUCUCCGGAUCGUUCGCGACGGGUACGUGCUGCCGCACGAUGCCGAGUGGCCGCAAGACGAAGACGACACGCUCGUUGACACCAGCAGGCGCUUCUGCACCUACUGCCAGUCGACGAAGCACCGAGACAAGAAGUGCUCGCAGCUGGCGACGGACAAGCAGAGAGGGCGAGUGCGCUUGACGUACCGAAGUGUCGCGCCGCCGAGUGAGAGUUCAGUGCCAAUCGCGCGCUUUUGCACGUACUGCGACUCGAUGUAUCACCACGACAGCGCGUGUUCAAAGCUUGCCGAUGCCAUCGCUGCCGGUACCGUCCGUGCUGGGUACGUUUUUAUGGAAGGAAACGACGCAGCACCAAACGAGAAUGCGCUCUUGGAUGCCGAGCGCCGACGGUACUCGAAGAAAGCUCGCCGCGAGGCCGCAUAUGACGAGUAA